UCCCUGGCGUGUCUCUGGCGGCGCUCGCUCGCAGCGGGGCGGGAGGAGGUUCCAGCGGGACCGGCGUCCGGAGAGGGCUUUCCGCGUCUCCUCAGCCACUCCGCGGGGGACAGGAACUGCUACUAAAAUUAGGGCCCAUCAAAUGGCAGUAGAUAUCUUGAUUCAUGUGAUGUUACACUGUAGUAGACCACAGUGAUCUGGCAUGCUGGCCUGCAGUGUAAUAUCACUGAUUCAGCUUGUGGAUAACAGUGUUAUCCACAACAACACCCCUUCAGAACCUGGGGUACUUUAUUUUUAAUAACUUCAUUGAUGGCAGAUCUUCAGCCUUUUGACAACAGUCAGAAAUCUUUCAGAGCCAGGUUUGGUGAUUAAGUUUCAGUCCAUGAGUGCUGGUGGAAACAAUGGCUGUUAGCCUCAGAGAAAUAACCUUAAUAGUUGGUGUGGUUAUAACCUGCUAUUGGAAUAGCCUCUUCUGUGGUUUUGUUUUUGAUGAUGUUUCAGCAAUAUUAGACAAUAAAGAUUUACAUCCUUCUACACCCUUAAAAAACUUAUUUCACAAUGACUUCUGGGGAACCCCUAUGUCUGAGGAAAGAAGUCACAAAUCUUACCGUCCUUUAACAGUUUUGACAUUUCGUUUAAAUUAUUUAUAUAGUGAGUUAAAACCAGUAUCUUAUCACCUGCUAAAUCUGAUUUUUCAUGCUGUGGUUAGUGUGGUCUUCCUUAAAGUCUGCAAAUUAUUUCUGGAUUCCAGGAGUAGUAUAAUUGCCUCCUUGAUGUUUGCUGUGCACCCUAUACACACAGAAGCGGUGACAGGUGUGGUUGGAAGAGCAGAACUUUUAUCAUCAAUCUUUUUUCUAACUGCAUUUUUGUCAUACACAAAAUCUAAAGGUCCGAAUAAUACCAUAGUAUGGACUCCAAUAUUACUGACUGUGAUUCUAGUAGCUAUUGCCACGUUAUGUAAAGAGCAAGGGGUCACUGUCGUGGGGAUAUGCUGUGUCUAUGAAGUAUUUAUAGCACAAGGAUAUACAUUGCCAUUAUUAUAUACUACUGCUGUGCAGAUUCUUCGUGGAAAGGGCAGUAUUCCUUUUUCUCUGCUGCAGAUACUGCUGAAGCUUAUUGUCUUGAUGUUCAGCACGCUAUUGCUUGUUGUGAUCAGAGUCCAGGUUAUUCAAUCUCAGCUUCCAGUAUUUACCAGGUUUGACAAUCCAGCUGCUGUAAGCCCAACUCCUACAAGGCAAUUGACUUUUAACUACCUCCUUCCUGUAAAUGCGUGGCUUCUAUUUAAUCCCUCAGAACUGUGCUGUGAUUGGACAAUGGGAACAAUACCACUUAUAGAGUCCUUUUUAGACAUUAGAAAUCUUGCCACAUUUAUUUUCUUUUGCUUUUUGGGGUCGCUAUUAGUAUUCAGUGUUCGAUAUCCUGGUAAUUCUUCGAAAACUGUGUUAAUGGCACUAUGCUUAAUGGCAUUGCCAUUUAUUCCUGCAUCAAACCUCUUUUUCCCGGUUGGAUUUGUGGUUGCAGAGCGAGUGUUGUAUGUACCUAGCAUGGGAUUCUGUAUUUUAGUUGCUCACGGAUGGCGGAAAUUAUCCAAAAGAAAUGUGCUAAAAAAACUGUCCUGGGUUUGUCUGUCUAUAGUGGUGAUCACUCAUGCCUUAAAAACACUUCACAGAAACUGGGAUUGGGAAUCUGAGUAUACCUUGUUUAUGUCUGCCUUAAAGGUAAAUAAAAAUAAUGCUAAACUGUGGAAUAACGUGGGUCAUGCUUUAGAAAAUGAAAAGAAUUUUGAGAGAGCCUUAAAGUACUUCCUACAGGCAACACAUGUUCAGCCAGAUGAUAUUGGGGCCCACAUGAAUGUAGGAAGAACUUAUAAAAAUUUAAAUAGAACCAAAGAAGCCGAGGAAUCUUACAUGAUUGCUAAAUCACUGAUGCCACAAAUCAUUCCAGGUAAAAAAUAUGCUGCACGAAUUGCUCCCAACCAUUUAAAUGUUUAUAUCAAUCUUGCUAACUUGAUUCGUGCAAAUGAGUCUCGACUUGAAGAAGCAGAUCAGUUGUACCGACAAGCAAUUAGCAUGCGGCCAGAUUUCAAACAGGCCUAUAUUAGCAGAGGAGAAUUACUUUUAAAAAUGAACAAACCUCUAAAAGCAAAAGAUUCCUAUCUUAGGGCAUUGGAUCUGGACAGAAGCAAUGCAGACCUUUGGUACAACUUGGCAAUUGUUAAUAUUGAACUUAAAGAAUCAACUGAAGCCCUUCGAAACUUUGACCGGGCUUUGAAGAUGAAUCCCAAUCAUAAACUAGCACUAUUCAACUCUGCCCUGCUCAUGCAAGAAUCAGGUAUGUUGGCACUGCUAAAAUGUAUUUCUAGUUAAACCAGGGUUCCCCUCUCCCAGUAAAG